AAUCUCAAAUCAGCUUUCACAAUAUGUAUGUAUGCCCAUAUUGAUUUGUAUGGCCCUUAUUUUUAGGGUCAAAUUAAAUAAAUUAUUAAACCACGUGAUUUUUAUAUACUAUAUUAUAUUCAUUUCACAUCUGGCCAUGAAGCACAUAUUGAGCUUUAAAUUUGCUUGAGGUAUCUCUAAAAAUCAUUUCACAUUAUAUUUUUCUUUUUUCAGUUCAUCAUAGCUAGAUAGAUAAAACAACAAAAUGAGAAACAUUAAUACAAAAGCAACAUGCUUCAUCACUAUUCUCUUUCUUUCUAUUAUAGUAUCAUCAGUUCAUGUUCAAUGUCGUUCUCUUCCAAAUGAAUUGAUUUCAAAUGGAGUUGAUGAUGAUGUUCAAUCAUCACAACAAGAUUCUUAUCUACUUCUUAAUAAUAAUAAUACUAGUAACAAAUUUGAAGAUUCAAAUUCAGGAGAGUAUUGUAAACAAAUGUAUGGUUUUUUACCAUGUUCUAAUAACAUUUUUGGUCAUUUAUUUCUAAUUUUGGUUUAUGAGUAUUUGUUGUUCCAUGGAGAAUCAUAUUUGGCUGCUGGAGGUGAACAAAUUUUCAAGAUUCUUGGUCCAGGUGUUUUUGGUGCUAGUGCUUUUGAUAUUCUUGGUGCUCUUCCAGAAUCCUUAAUUCUUCUUGUAACUGGACUUUCAAGUGAUAAGGAGAGUGCACAAGAAUAUGCAUCAACUGGUGUUGGUUUGUUAGCUGGAUCAUCCAUCUUGCUUCUUACAGUAGUGUGGGGGACUUGUGUUAUUGUUGGCAAGCAAAGCUUGAAAAAUGACUCUAUUUCUGUUACCUCAUACUCAUCAACAGAAAGAAUAAAACAAUCUUUGAUUGGUUAUGGGAUUACUAUGGAUGUAGACACUAGAAAGAUGGCAAGAAACAUGGUUUUCUCUAUUAUACCACUUCUCAUAAUGCAGUUUCCUACAUUAUUCCAUUUCUCUACAACAUUACGCAGUGUUACCUUGAUGAUUUCUCUCAUCAUUGCUGUCACUUUUCUCAUCUCAUACUUCAUUUACCAGAUAUUUAAGCCUCAGAUAGAGAAAACAAGAUUAGAAUACAUAAAGCAUGAUGAUUUAAUAUUAAGAAUUUUCCAACGUGUUGAAAAGCAAACUCUCCAAAAAAUCCUAGCUGAGGAUGGAACUCCCAAUGUAACUGCCAUAAGUGGGUUAUACAGUGAAUUCAGUCAACGCGGGGAAAAACAUUUAUCAGCUCUUGAAGUAAAAGAAUUGUUGCUCGGGAACAAUUUAACCGGUACAAAUAUCAGAGAGGACCAAAUAAAUGACAUGUUAAAAGCUUUUGACAAAAAUGGUGAUCAAAUUAUAACCAAGGAAGAAUUUGUUAGUGGCUUAACAGAAUACAUUAACCAAACAAAACAUGCUUUGGAUAGAAAGUAUCUCCCCAAAGAAUCUAUGAACAAAAUGUAUCAGACUUUUAUCAAGCCAUGGAUUGAACACACGAGAAAAGAACGCGCGUUGAAGCUACAACUUAUUUCAGGAGUUUUAGAUCAUGCUCAGAAUGAUAUGGUUGGUAGGUUGCUCAAAGAUGACGGUACACCUGAUAAAGAUGCUAUCAAAAGGUUGUUUGGGGAAGUCGAUAGUGAUGGCAGUAACAAUGUUUCGAGGUCCGAACUAGAAAAAAUAGUGAAGGAGACUCACUUUGGCAGGGGCGUAGAUUCAGAUGAAGCAGUCACAAAACUACUUCAUGAUCUUGAUGUCAAUAAAGACGAUGAAAUUAGCGAGAAUGAAUUUGUUGACGGCUUCACCAAAUGGUUAAACUCAAAUUCUAAUCAAGCUGCUAGCUCAAAAUCUUCUUCUCAUGAACCUCAUCAAACAUGGGAAGAAGUUGAGAAGGUAAUGGAAGGGAAUCAAACCAAAGGUGUUUCUGCAUGGUUAGAAGCUUUAGCAUAUGUGUUCUUGGGAAUUAUUAUGCUGUCACUUCUUGCUGAGCCUCUAAUACACAGUGUUCAGAAUUUUUCUGAAGCCGCCGGAAUUUCAUCAUUUUUCAUAUCUUUCAUUAUAGUCCCUUUAGCUACAAAUUUUAGAGAAGCUACCUCAGCUAUCAAAGAAGCUAGCCACAAGAAAAGUAGUAAUACAUCUCACACUAUGUACGAGAUUUAUGGAGCAGUGUUUAUGAACAAUAUUCUUGGAUUUGUGGUGAUAUCUAGUCUUAUAUAUAUGAGAGAUAUUACAUGGGAAUUUUCAGCUGAUGUAUUGGUGGUGGCAAUUGUUUGUAUUGUGAUGGGCCUAACUGCUAGUUUUCGUUCUACAUUUCCUCUAUGGACAUCCAUCCCUACAUACAUCUUGUACCUAAUUUCAUUGGUUUUGGUUUAUGUUCUUAAAGAUGUUCUCAAUUAUGUUUAGUGAACUUUUGAUAGUAGCAAAGAUUAAAUGAAAUAACAAACUCUUGAUGUGGUUUGUUAGAAAAUAUUAUGUAACACAUUGGAGUAUGGUGCAAGUGGUUGGUGUGUAGUGUGCGCGAGUAUUGUAAAUUAUGAGAUACUGAAUUCGAUAUAUACUGACAAAGAAUAAUAUUAUGUGA